AUGAGCGCCGCUGCUUUCGACGCGCUGAUUGCCAAAACCUCCAGCAUCGCUGUACCGACCCUGUGCACAGGCUACGUGUACAACCAGCACGAGAAGAACUCGAUCAUCUGGAAGAAGCGCUACUGCGUGCUCCAGGAGAACUCGCUGUACAUUUUCCAUUACGACAACGCGGAAGCGGCGACCCAAGGAGAACUCAAGGGCAAGAUCCCAUACUCGUCGGUGCAUGACUGGGAAGGCAAACCUCAUGGAUUCCAGUUUUACACCCCUACGAACAAGUGCUACAAAGUGUACACGGAUACCGAAGAAGAAAAAUUGAAAUGGGUGUCGACCAUGCAAAAGCAACUCGAUGAUGCCCCCGAUGUCCCGGAUGGCGAACAAGUGCCGUACGCGCGCUUUGGCGCGUCAUCCCCGGUCGGAUCUCCUCGCCAAGGCGGAGGCCACCCCAGUUCCUUGAACCGUUCCAACCGAAGCGACUCGUGGCGUGGCGAAGAAGUCGACGUGCCGACCAUGUUGCUUGAACUUGACGACUUGCGCAGCGAAGUGUCUACGCUUCGUUCCGAGUUGGUGUUGUUCCAAAAGGCAGAAAAGCAUGGUGAACAACGUCGUCCCGGCGGCGGGCGCAACCGUCGCGGCAGUGUCCUCGACGACGGGACAGCCAUCGCGCUGGAACCUCGGGAAUUGGAGCGCAUGAAGCAAAUCUUUUCCUUGUUCGACCAGGACAGCAGCGGCCGCGUCAAUGCCGCCGAUUUGAAGGAAUUGCAUCGCCGUCUCGGCGAACCCAUCACGGACGAAGAAGCGAACGAAGCCCUUGCGUUCAUGAGUCCCGUGGACGGCACCGUCGACUUCAUCUCGUUCAUGAAAUGGUGGAACGAGGACCACAAGCAAGAAGCGUCGGCCGCCAUCCAGCGAUACCAAGCCAAGUUCAAAUUCCUCAAGGCGCGCGUGGCCAACCCGGCGAUCGGAAACAUCGAAACGGAAAUGACGGGGCCGUGCCCGUCGUUGGACUUCCGCGUGAACUUUGUCUACCACAACCGCGACGGAUCCAAGGUGCGCAUCUCGCCGUGGCACGACAUCCCGCUCUACAACUCGGACGGAAGCGUCAACUUUGUGUGCGAAAUCCCCAAGUGGACGCGCAAGAAGUUUGAAAUCGCGACGGGCGAACCUUUCAACCCGAUCAAGCAAGACACGAAGAACGGCAAGUUGCGCGAAUACGGGUGGGGCGACAUGAUGUUCAACUACGGCGCGCUCCCGCAGACGUGGGAAGACCCGGACCAUGUGACUGAAGGCACGGGAUGUGGCGGCGACAACGAUCCGUUGGACGUGAUCGAAAUCGGGACCAAGCAGUGGCACGUCGGGUCGAUCGUGCAAGUCAAGAUCCUCGGGGUGUUGGCGCUCAUCGACGACAACGAAACCGACUGGAAGGUACUUGCGAUCAACGUCGAAGACCAUUACGCGUCCAAGAUCCACGACGUGGCCGACAUCGAAGCGCACAUGCCGGGCUGCAUUUCCGCCAUCCACGACUGGCUCCGUGACUACAAGUUGCCGCACGUCAACGUGUUUGGGUACGACGGCAAGUGCAUGAACCGCGACUUUGCCGAAAGCGUCGUCGCGGAAACUCACGAGUUCUGGAAGCUGUUGGUCGACGAACGCGGCCACGCCGCCACCGUCUAA